GCCAAACGUGGAGGCCAAGGGGGACCUGUACAGCCUGCUGGUGUCCCAUGCCACCCCCCGGGACAGCGGGCUCUACGUCUGCAAGGCCAAGAACAGCGUUGGCGAGACCUAUGCCGCCGCCACGCUCAAGGUGGAGGCGGUACUGGAGUGGGAGAAGGACGGCCGCAAGCUCUCCGACCUCUUCGAGAGCAGCCACUUCGCAGUGGGGCAGGAGCCGGAGGACUGGCAUUUCCUGAAGCUGUUUGGUGCCCGGCCCCCAGAUGGUGGGGUGUACGUGUGCCGGGCACGCAGCGGCUCCCGCGAGGCCCUGGCUGCUGCUGUCACAGUGCCGGCCAGGGUACCGGGCGCUAAGGCGUUCAUCGUGAGCGCAGGGAAGCAUGCCAAGUUUCGCUGCUACGUCACCGGCAAGCCCAAGCCAGAGAUUGUCUGGCAGAAGGAUGGCGAGCCCCUCACCCCUGGCCGCAGGCACCUUGUCUACGAGGACCGGGAGGGCUACUUCAUCCUCAAGGUGCUGUAUUGCAAACCCCAGGACCAGGGGCUGUACAUCUGCACCGCCUCCAACACUGCUGGCCAGACCCUCAGCGCCGUUCAGCUCCAGGUGAAAGAGCACCGGCUGCGGUUCCAGGUGCAGCUGACAGACGUGGAGGUGGCGGAGCGGGAGGACGCCGUGCUGGAGUGCCAGGUGCCGCUGGAGACCAUCCCCACCGCCUGGUACCUGGAGGACAGGGAGCUGCAGCCCAGCCACAAGUACGUGAUGGAGGAGCGAGGGGUGGUGCGGCGCCUGACGAUCCGCGACGCCCGCACCGAUGACGAUGGCAUCUACCUCUGCCAGAUGAAGGACAAAGGACGCAGCAUCGCCGAGGUCUCUGUCCGAGGUGGGGCCCAGGAUGCAGGCAUCAUCUCCUUCACCAUCGGGGAGUCACAGACAUCCUCCCAGCUCCGGGUCAAGUGUAAGCUCUAG